GGCGCGCGGAGGGCGGUCCACGUGUCUCGCUAGAGGCGGCCCUGAGAUCCUCCAGCUCCUUUUGCUUUUGCGAUCCUGGGCGCCCCCUUGGCCUCCUUGUGCGCCCAUUCUCGGCCAGUGUGAGCAGGGCCCCGCACAGUUCUCCGCGCUCAGUGGGCCAACUUGGAGGAGCAACUUUGUCCAGGGAACUGCGCCAGGGACACGGGGCACUGCGCAUGCGGAGCUCCAAAUUCAAACAGCUGUUCCCAGAGGCUGGAGGGCGGGUAGACCGGGAGCCGCUGGGGCUAGGGAACGCUUUCUCCAGGAGGCGGCCUCUCGGGAGCCAUGGUAGACCGGGGUCCUCUGCUCACCUCGGCCAUCAUCUUCUACCUGGCCAUCGGGGCGGCGAUCUUCGAGGUGCUGGAGGAGCCGCACUGGAAGGAGGCUAAGAAAAACUACUAUACACAGAAACUGCAUCUGCUCAAGGAGUUCCCGUGCCUGAGCCAGGAGGGCCUGGACAAGAUCCUGGAGGUGGUAUCCGAUGCUGCAGGACAGGGCGUGGCCAUCACAGGGAACCAGACCUUCAACAACUGGAACUGGCCCAACGCAAUGAUUUUUGCAGCCACGGUCAUCACUACCAUCGGCUAUGGCAACGUGGCCCCCAAGACCCCUGCUGGGCGCCUCUUCUGUGUCUUUUAUGGUCUCUUUGGGGUGCCACUCUGCCUGACGUGGAUCAGUGCCCUGGGCAAGUUCUUCGGGGGACGUGCUAAGAGGCUGGGCCAGUUCCUCACCAGGAGAGGCGUGAGCCUGCGGAAGGCACAAAUCACGUGCACAGCCAUCUUCAUUGUGUGGGGCGUGCUGGUCCACCUGGUGAUCCCGCCCUUCGUGUUCAUGGUGACCGAGGAGUGGGACUACAUAGAAGGCCUCUACUACUCCUUCAUUACCAUCUCCACCAUCGGCUUCGGCGAUUUCGUGGCCGGUGUGAACCCCAGCGCCAACUACCACGCCUUGUACCGCUACUUUGUGGAGCUCUGGAUCUACCUGGGGCUGGCCUGGCUCUCCCUCUUUGUCAACUGGAAGGUGAGCAUGUUUGUGGAGGUCCACAAGGCCAUUAAGAAGCGGCGGCGGCGGCGGAAGGAGUCCUUCGAGAGCUCCCCACACUCCAAAAAGGCCCUGCAGAUGGCGGGGCACACGGCAUCCAAGGAUGUCAACAUCUUCAGCUUUCUGUCCAAGAAGGAGGAGACCUACAAUGACCUCAUCAAGCAGAUUGGGAAGAAGGCAAUGAAGACGAGCGGGGGUGGGGAGAGGGUUCCAGGGCUGGGGCCGGGGCCGGGGCCGGGGCCGGGGUCGGGGUCGGUGCCUCAAGGGAAUGGGCUGCUAGCCGUCCCGGCCUCCCUGGCCCCCCUGGUGCUCUACUCCAAGAACCGGGUGCCCAGCUUGGAAGAGGUGUCUCAGACACUAAGGAGCAAAGGCCACGUGUCGCGGUCCGCCAGCGAGGAGGCUGGGACGGAGCCCCCCAAGGACGGCUCCUCGACCCCCGAGGUGUUCACUAACCAGCUGGACCGCAUCAGUGAGGAGGGUGAGCCGUGGGACGCGCAGGACUACCACCCGCUCCUUUUCCAGAACGCCAGCAUCACCUUUGUGAACGAGGAGACCAGCCUCUUGGAUGAGGACACGUCCAAGUCCUCGCUGGAGGACAACUUAGCCGGGGAGGAGAGGCCCCAGGAAGAGGCUGAGACUGAGGUGCCCAUGAACUUGGGCGAGCUCCCCUCGUCGGACGAGUCCACCUUCACCAGCACCGAGUCGGAGCUCUCUGUGCCUUACGAACAGCUUAUGAACGAGUACAACAAGGCAAACUGCCCCCAAGGCACGUGAGGCAGGGCCGGCUCCCCACUCCACCUUGAUGGCUUCCGUUCCCCUUAUCCUGAGGCGUCCUACAGUGGCUGGGACCCCCAGGAACUGGGAGUGGGGGGCCAGGGGCCUUCCUCACCUUCCAUCCCCUCCAGCUAGAUGCUACCUGUCAAGCAUGGCAUGUGCCCAGGACAGGGCCUCUGUUCUCCAGCUGAACGGGCACCCUGGCAGUGGGAGGCAUCUGUCCUGAGCACAGCUGGUGUAUUUGGUGGUUCGAAGACAUGUGUUGGCGGGCAGGACUGACUCUGAAGAGACCUGCGCUGUGUAGGUCUUCGCCUCAUCAUUCGGUUGAGAAUGUCACACGGUUCUCUUAGGCCAGGGCCUCGGCCAUUUGAACUUACUAGUAUUCAGGAGCCCAGCACUGAGCUACGCAUUUCAGAGGGAGAAGGGAGGGCAGUGACAGCUGGCCUGCAAAACUCCAUGGGGAAGAGGUCACCUCCGGGAAGGGAGCAAGGAGAUAAUGGGCGGGUGCGGUUAACACUCCUGGUACAGGGGACCGAGAGCAAGUCCCGAGCGUGCCCGGGGCCUAGUCCUUCUUGUUGAUUCACUGGGACCAAGCUAAGCCCAGAGACCAGUUCCCUGCCUCAGAUACCCUUUGGCAAGCGAUGGUAGAGGCAGGCUUUCUGCCUCCUGGGAAGUGGUAGAAGAAGGCCCUGGCCACUGAGGCCGGGGUUCCUGGAGCUGGUGGCCAGGGAGCUGCAGGAAGCAGCUCUGCUCUGGCUCAUCCUGCACCCCCCCCCAACCCCCCCUGUGCCUAGAACAAGGACCUCGCAUUUCCCCAGGUUGCUCUUGGCUCACAAAUGGGGAAUGGCCAAAUACGUGAACAAUCUCCUCCCUCCAGCCACUGCGCCUUACACAUGCGUGUAAGGAAAGGGUUUGGAUGGGGGGAGCAAAAGAUAAUGUGAAACUGUUUCUGGUGAGGGGCCGGCAGAGUUCUUGAGCUCUCUCUCCAUGACGCACACCCUAAGGCCAGCCCACUCUGCCCUGCAUGUUUUGUUGUGUUCUUUUUUUAAUGAACUGCUGUUUUUCUAUACCUGGCAUCUGUAGUUGCCUACAGAGCCGGAGGCGAGAGAAGGUGAAAGAGCAGGGGUCCCAAGGAUUGGGGUGUUUAGUGUUCACCCUUUUACCCCCCCCCCAGCUCAUCGGGGCCCUUCUUGGUGACCUCAGCCAAGGUCAUGAUGUCAAGAGUCCCUACACAGUAGGGGAGAGGGCACUGACCCACAAGUGAGCAAAGUUGUGAGGGGUACACAUCACAGGCAGUGGGUGCUGGGCAGGAGGUGAGUGAUCACCCUAGACCCAAACACCCUCUGUGCCCCCCAGACCCCUCCCCAGUACUGUGUGGCCAAAUGGGGCCAGAACCACACCCACCCCCAACAUGUGAAGACACUGAUGGCAUGUGUGCCCACACCCCACUCGUCCUGUAACCGAGGGAUAUGCUGCCCAGCAGCAGGUGAGAAGGAGCAGCCUUCUAUUUUUCUGUGAAAUGUUUUAAUGAGCUCAUCUUCGUUUCUUCACCCCGCCUUGCCUGGGUGUCACUGGCUGUCCUGGAAUCACACACACUGUAUGUACAUACUGGCGAUGAUGUCAAAUGUAAUUUAUUUUAACAUUUUUACAAUAAAACUUGAGAUGGACAGGC